UUCCCAAAUCUCGCGAGACUUCGCUCCCUUCUGUUGAAAGCGCAGACCGCUACGGUCCUCCUGUUGUACCCACCCGGUCUCAUCACCGGGCUGACGGACAGACAGAGAGGGGGUACAUCGAGCAGGCGACAAAGGACUGACCAUGGAGCCCAUCAGCCGGUUGCAGCCAGCAGUCAGGAAGUGUCUCCUUCCGUGAUAGACGGCCACCAUGGAGCUGAGAUAACCUCUUCCUCUUUUCUUCACCAAUCACGGCUCCGGGUCUGAUAUUAUCAUGGGUGUGUGGCGUGGUCUUCGAGUGGCGUUCAUCCUGGGGUCUUUGUUUAUGAUCCUGCUCAUCAUUGUCUACUGGGACGAUGUUGGUGGCUUCAGCCUCUACCCACUGCAGGACCCCAAACACCAGUCGCUUCAAUCCGAUUCCUGCCCUUGGACAACUGCAGGCCCUUCGCUUUCUACUUCCACCCAGAUCAGUUCCUCUUUCACCGCCCCCACCACCACUUCCAGUACAAAAGUCAUCCCUGAGGAUACGAGGGCUGCAGCUGGCAAACAAGAACAGGAAGAGGAGGAGGAGGAAAAACAAGAGCAUGAGAAGAUGGAAACAAGGGAGGAUGAGAAAAAAGAGAGGAGUCAUACUUCUGUCAAUGAUAGGGAACAGGAGAGGAGGAAGCAGAGGAUCAUGGAUGUUUGUUCGGGAGAGGACACUGUGGAAUUCCCUGGAAGGACUCGGCCGUUUGAGCAGAUCCCCAACAGGGAGCUGGAUCACCUUAUAGUGGACGAUACGCACCAGAUUAUCUACUGCUACGUUCCCAAGGUGGCGUGCACUAACUGGAAGAGAGUGAUGGUGGUUUUGUCUCAGUCUUUGAUCUCACCUUCCUCAGGAAAACCUUACACUGACCCAGAGGCUGUUCCUCCGGACCUCGUACACAACUCCACUCUCCAUCUCACUUUCGCCAAGUUUUGGCGCCAUUAUGGUUCUCUGUCCCGCCACCUGAUGGCACUCAAGCUCCAGCGGUACACCAAGUUUCUCUUUGUGCGAGACCCUUUUGUACGUCUCAUCUCUGCCUUCAGGAACAAGUUUGGAAGGCCCAACGAGGACUUCUACAAGCAGUUUGGUUCAGUCAUGCUGCGUCGUUAUGGUAAUGUCUCUGGGAGUUUGCCAGACACAGCAGCUGAGGCGUUUGCAGCAGGAAUCAAACCGACUUUUCAGCAAUUUAUCACAUACCUUUUAGAUCCAGAGACUGAGAGGGAGAGUAUCUUCAACGAACACUGGCGACAGGUGUAUCGUCUGUGCCAUCCAUGCCAAGUCAAGUAUGACUUCAUUGGACGACUAGAGACCCUUGAAGCUGACGCAGAUCACCUGCUGAAGCUUCUGGAGGUGGAUCAUCUGCUCCACUUCCCUUCAGGGGCCCGAAACCGAACUGCAGCCAGCUGGGAAAGAGACUGGUUUGCACAGAUUCCCAUAACAAUGAGGAGGGAACUGUACAAGCUGUACGAACCAGACUUUAAGCUGUUUGGUUAUCCCAAACCUGACAGUGUACUCCAUUAGUAAUCUGCACAGAGCCAAAGGCCUGGGCACUGCACUGUGUGUAGAGCCUACAACUCACCUACGUGCCUUUAAAGACCAGUCUACGAUGCUGUUUGUUUCAUUUGUUUUGUGCAUACCUCAAAAUGACAAAAGUGCCUGCCAGUGUUAUUUUAUUUUUGUCAUCACUUCAUAUCUGAAGCACACCGCAUACAAGCUACGGUAUCCCCAGUCUGUUUCCCCAUGUAAAGGCACUUUGAAUAGUAUUUUGUGAAUAGUAUUUUGGUAAGUCAUGGGGAAAGGACUAGGGCUAACUGUUAGCUGACAUUUCUGAGGGGAAAUAUGUUGCAGGAAAAUAAAGUGUUUUCAUAAAUGUUUCA